ACAGCUCAGAAUCUGGCACACACAAAGGAACGGUUCGUGUAGAGGUCUGAGGUUUACUGUCUAACUCAAACUGGGCUGAGCUGAGACGUGUUGGUGCAUUGCGCACAGUGGAGUGUUCACAGAAGGCAUGAAUGGUACGAGCACUGCUCAGGAGGCUGGUGGGGCGCCAGAUGCCAGGGGCGAGGUAGGUGAGGCGGGCCUGGCUGGGGCCUGCGUCAUCCUGGCCGUGUGCUUCGUCGUGGGCACCCCGGGAAACCUGCUGGUGGUGUGGACCAUCCUGAGGCACGUGAAGCAGCGCUCCCACACCGUGCUGCUCAUCCUCCACCUGGCUGUCGCCGACCUGCUCGCGCUGGCCACGCUGCCCCUGUGGAUCUACUCGCUGGCCCGCUCGUGGGUGUUCGGCGAGGUUACCUGCAAAGCCGUGGUGUACCUCGUCCAUGUCUGCAUGUACGCCAGCAUCUUCCUCAUCACCGUCAUGAGCGUGGAGCGCUUCCUGGCCGUCAGGUACCCGUUCGUCUCGGCCAGCUGGAAGAGAAAGCGUGCACUAAGCAAAAUGCUGCUAGCCUUGUGGGUGGCAUCCUUCCUCUUCAGCAUCCCUCUGCUUGUCACUCUGGACGGGGAGGCGGCUGACGAGCCUUGCCUGUAUCGCAGCUACAAGUCCCCCAUGCAGGAGGCCGCCAUCCUGCUCCUGGAGUCCCUGCUGGGCUUUGUCUUGCCCCUCUUAGUGCUGGUGGUCUGCUAUGGCUGCCUGUUCAGCCGCGUCGCCCGCAUGGUCCUGUGCUCCAGGCGCAGAUCCACGACGCUCAUUGCCGCCGUGGUGCUUCUCUUCUCUCUCUGCUGGACGCCGCAUCACAUCUCCAACGUGCUGUCCCUGGUCCUGCUCACCCUCGAGAAGGACUCCCCGGUGGCUAGCAGCCUCCAGGCCGUUGUUAACGACAUGGUCAUGGUGGCUGGCGCGCUGGCCUUUGUGAGCAGUGCCGUCAACCCUGUGCUCUAUGCAUUCGCUGCACGCAACUUCCGCAGCUCGCUACGCGAAACUGGCAUCCAGAAGCUGUUCCGACACCUGUCCAGCGGCACAGGGGGCAAUGGCACCAAGGAAUUGUCGUUUGUGUCCAAGAGGCAAAGCUCUCACACCAACACAUCUCAGUGCUGCAUACAGGAGUCCAAACAGAUCAAUUUGCUAGUGGACAUAUGCAACAAUGCUGACAGCCGUGACUGGCAGUGCAUUUGACUGAACUGUAUACUUAUGAUUUUUUAAAACUGGCUGGACACUGAUGUGUGCAUGUAGUGUAAGUUUACACUGGACUGAUUUUUGAGAUUUUCGAUGGAGAAGUACUGUUCACCAGUGUCCAGGACAGCAUGCAGUGCUGGGAACAUUGUCUUCAGUGGUUAAAAUGUGUUGAGUAUCAUGAAAGAUUAAAACGGUUCAAAUCACCAUUUUAUAGACUAGGCUCAUGAUGUACUAGUGUGGGUUACCCUUGAUCCUAUACUUCUUAGUAUAUGUAUAUGUUUCUGAUACUUUUUCAGUGCAGUAAUACCAUUUUAAAUGAGCAAUUCAGUUUUGUUUAUUAAGUAUAAUCUAACAUGACCUGUUUAUGUAAUUGUUUGAUCUGCAAAGAUGUUUGACCAUGAAUUUCAACAAAACGUGGUAGGGGACUUAAUCCAAAAUCCUAAAUUGUUUUGUCAACAGUUUAAAAAAAUCUUGAUAAUGUAACAAAUUUAAAUAUAAUUUGAUUAUUUCAUCCAGCGAUUAUUAAUGUCUUAUUUCUGACCAAACCAAACAUAAUAAAUUUGCAUUCAAUUUAA